CACACAGUUCACUCGGGAGAAAUAUUUUUAAAUAUAAUAAACUGAGUGUACUGUUGCGCACAUGUUUAUUUAUUCGUUGACAAUUUGUGAAGCUAACUGCGUGGCGUCAUCCAACAUAUCAGAUCACUUUAUGGAUCAUGAUUUUCCACAUGUCUCUGCGCUCCAACCCAAUGUUACGGAAAACCAAUCUGGCUGUGUGGAGAGCAUGGCAGUCAUGGAAGUUAGGCCUGCACACUUCUACAGUUGGUGCAUCCCCUGGUCCUGGUCCCUGGGAAAGAUCUGAAGCACUGUCAUCUGUUUCAACUGAAAAACCUCCUCACACGCCUGUCAUGCUCAAGGAGGUGCUUCAAUACUUAGACAUCCAACCUGGUCAGGUGGUCCUGGACAUGACAUUUGGAGGUGGUGGUCAUACCAAGGCGAUACUGAAUAUGGUUCCUGAAGUUACAGUCCUGGCCUUAGACCGAGAUCCUACAGCAAUUUCUCUGGCCGAGCGGUUAGCCAAGGACCACUCUGGUCGUGUGAAACCAUUGCUUGGCCGUUUCAGCGAGCUUGAGACCCUGCUGUCUAACAUGAACGUUCAGCCAGGCAGCAUUGAUGCUGUCCUGUUGGAUGCUGGCUGCUCCUCCAUGCAGAUGGAUCAGGCGGAGAGAGGCUUCUCCCUCAGCAAAGAUGGGCCCCUGGACAUGAGAAUGGAUGGAGAGAGGUACCUCGACAUGCCCUGCGCUGCUGACGUUGUGAAUACCUUAGAUCAACAGGCUCUUGCAUCCAUCCUCACUGCAUAUGGGGAAGAAAGACACGCCAGGAAAAUAGCUUCAGCCAUUGUGGAGGCACGCCGUGUCAACCCCAUCACCCGGACACAGCAGCUGGCCAGCGUGGUGGCAGGAUCACUUCCUGCUGCUGUUGCCUAUGCGCGUAAAGACCGACUCCACCGACCUGCACAUGUGGCCACUAAAACUUUCCAAGCUUUGCGUAUCUUUGUGAAUGACGAGCUGAACGAACUACAUGCAGGCCUGUGUGCCGCCCAGGCAGUACUGAGGACAGGAGGACAUCUCUGCGCAAUCACUUUUCACUCGCUAGAAGACAGACUGGUCAAACGUUUUCUCCGGGGAGAUGACUUAUCUAAUCUGGAUCAUUAUCACUUCAGCCCAAGGAAUCAAGGCAACAGGAAGAAAAAACUGAUGGAUGAAAGAAGAGAUGGUGGAAGUGUUCAUUGGCUUCCUCUGCGAAGAAAAGUGAUCACCCCAGAAAAAGACGAUGUAAAAGAAAAUCCGCGAGGACGCUCCUCUAAACUCAGGGCAGCACUCAAAUUAUGAGAAACCUCUUACAAUUAAUACCUAACAUAAGUUCAGCAAAGAUGUGAUGGAGAAACAUAGUAACUCUCCCCUGCACUUGCCUGCUGUGGAUGCUGCUGUGUCUUUUUAUAAUUUUCACUGUAAAUGGAAAAUGUUUCUGCACUUGGGUACACGAAAAAGCAGCUUUUUGCAGUCUAUCCUAUUCGAGACCCAGCGUUUAAUACCUCUAUUUCAAUUGUUUGUUCCAGUGAACACAACUGGCUGUUUCUGCUGGUGGGUUGUCAUCUUUGAUCCCACAUUGGUAACUCCUGAUGGUUGUUUAGGGCAUUGCAUAGUAAUGGGGGGAUUCUGGGCAAAGGAAAGAAGGAAUCCCAAUACCAUGCAAUAUGUCAACUAGUAGAAGCUCUUUUUUCUUUCUUUUUUUUUAUUUACUGGCAGGUGAAGAAUGACAAAUGACUUGAAACAUCAUGCGUUACAAACAUAGCAUGUUUCUGUAGUCAUGCUCAGGGUAACAGUAGGGCUUGCAAAGACUGAUGUGAAUGAAAAACUGGAUUCCAAAUAUGGAUAAGGCAGGGAAAAUAAACACAACAAUUACCUAUGUAACAAAAUAAUCUACACUCAAAGGUCCACUACCUGGCUCUCAGAGCUUUCACCUGCAUCUCACUGUCUUCAUUUACUGAAUCAAGCUAGUUCAAGCAUCAGGCAGGGCUUGUGUGUUGAACUUUGGUCAUGUAAUGUAGCAUUUUUCCACAUGUAGGCUAUUUACUAUUCACUGAAUGAAGACCAUCAGGUGCAGUUGAGAGCUCUGAAAACUGUAAACUUAUUUUGCUACAUAUCCUGUUCCCAAAGGUCAAGAAUGGACUUCCAUGCUUGAAAACAGCAUGUGCACUUUAAAUUAUGAAACAUGCCAAAGUUGGCAUAUCCGAAUCCCAGUCUUGCUGGGCAGUAGUCUGUCUUUCUUUGCCUUAGCAUUGAAAAACUUGUCUGAACUCAAGUGAUAGCCACGACUGUGAACACAAAGUUAUAUGAAAGCUGGUCUGAGGUGUUACGUAAAAAUAUAAAUGCAGUAAAAACUUUUUUAUACCAAAAUAAAAGUAUGUGACUGUUUUUGUAUUUAUUGCCUUUGUGUUAUUUGCCUUUUGUAUUAUAGAAUAUACAGAACAUAACUCACAAGUUUAUAAAAGCUUUUGGCGCUGUAAUGAUCCUGUACAUUACUGUGUUUAAAGUGACUCCUUGACAGAUUUUAAUGAAGAAAAGACCUUUCUACACUGAAGAUUUUUUAACAAAUUCCCUUGUGCUACUCUGAUAUAUUUGAUUUUCUUGCAUUGCUAAUGUUUGACAGCAUAUUGGGUGGCUAUUGCAGCUAAAUAGCUCAACAUAUAGACUAAAAAAAACUCCUUUCUCUAUUGACGUCUGUAUUUCCCCUGAACCUCCCUUGAUGAGUAGCUCAAGCGAAACCUCUACUGUACCAUAUGAAUCAGUAAUGCCAGUAAAUACUGAAUGACGCAAGUGUCAGAAGUGGUGCUGAAUGAGCUGGGUGGUUGUUCUUGAGCAUUCUCUCACCUUCGACUGUAAGCAGAUGAGGUGUUUUGAUCUUUACUAUUUGACUUUGACUAAUUGUAAUUGCUCCAUCAAGAUUAUUAACACUUUUUUUUCUUUCUGUCUCAGUUUAGUGCACUCUAAAUAUACCCUUCUUGUUACCUUGGAAACUAAAUGGCGUAAGUAACAUUUAACUGUCUAAAAUUACAUGCUGUUUUAAUCUGAUAUGAAGUGAUGCUAUAUUUUGAGUUUGAACGUCCCUCCCUUUUGACAUCAGUGGAUGUUCGUUAAUGCAAAUUAUCGUCCCUGUUGACGAAAUAUGUCAUGACAUUUGAUCUUUUGGAUACCUUGUUUCCAUUUUAUUGCCAUAAGACCUUUACUGAAUCAGGAGGUGAACAUGGGUAAGAAAAUGAAUAGUGUUACUCACGACAUCACUACAUGCAUGGCAGUGUUAAUAUGAAUAUAAAACCUGAAUAAAACAU